GUCACUCCAACUGUUUAGAGCCACAUAUGGCCUCAUAUGGAAGCGACCAAACCAUGUCAUCUCCACUUCGCAAGCGCUGGCGUACAGCAGUCCCGGCCCUCAUAUAAGCAUCGCGUCUCGUGAGGGCGUAUACACCCAUCACUUCAUCCAAAGGAUAUUUUUGGAUAUUAGCCGACAAUAUACACAUCCCUUCCAUCCCAAGCCUCUCAGUCGACGAAUUGCCGGUAAACGAGACCCACAGCUCGAAUCGGAAGUGUUGGGUUGGGUCGAAGCUGUUCUCGGCGAACGUCUCCCGUCGGGCUCUUUCGAAGAUGUCCUCCGCGACGGAACCAUUCU